AUGGCUUUCGACCAAGCCCGAGACCUCCGAAGCUUUGCUCAGGACUCGAAGCGGUUCAAGGAGCGCGUAGAAAAGUGGUCGCGGGGAUCUCGACCUUCGGCUGGGUGCAAGUACAGCUGGGUAGAAGAUGCAAUCAUCACAGGGAGCGAAAGCCAACGUGAGAAACUUCGGCCUGAGGGAACUCUCCACCACUCCAAUCGCUUAGCAAGCCAGAACAUCGUCAAACCGCGUGAUAAGGAUCGAUAUGACCUCCGAUCGAGCUACUCGCGUGCCAAGAUAGACGCAUUAGAAGAACUACACGACCCAUCCAAUGUCUCGCAAUCCCUCUAUGAUCUCUUACCAUCAUCUCAGACCCGACGAGGCUCUAGUAUUUCGGAUAACGUCCUUUAUAGCUUCGAUAGGGUUGAAAGUCCGGGUAAACCACUGACGCUGGACGUAUUCGUGAAGACGAACCCGAAGGAGACGGAAAAAUUCGUGGAAAAGGAGUACGAAAUCCUUGACAACAACGGGGAUGCUCUAAGGGGUCGAAAAGCCCGGCAGAAUCUCCGUCGAAGGAACCACACACCAGCGGCACAAGAAUCUGACAUCAUCGAAGAUGACGGUUUUGAACUUGUAUAA